AAUGGUCAGAGUUUUUUGGUCUUGGAUGAACAAAGAUUUGCAAAAGAAAUUCUUCCCAAAUACUUCAAGCACAAUAACAUGGCGAGCUUUGUGAGGCAGCUGAACAUGUAUGGUUUCCGUAAAGUAGUGCACAUCGACUCUGGAAUUGUAAAGCAGGAAAGAGACGGUCCUGUUGAAUUUCAGCACCCUUACUUCAAACAAGGCCAGGAUGACUUAUUGGAGAACAUUAAAAGGAAGGUUUCAUCUUCAAAACCAGAAGAUAAUAAAAUUCGUCAGGAAGAUUUAACGAAAAUAAUAAGUAGUGCUCAGAAGGUUCAAAUAAAGCAAGAAACUAUUGAGUCCAGGCUUUCAGAAUUAAAAAGUGAGAAUGAGUCCCUUUGGAAGGAGGUGUCAGAAUUAAGAGCAAAACAUGCACAACAGCAGCAAGUUAUUCGAAAGAUUGUCCAGUUUAUUGUGACAUUGGUUCAGAAUAACCAGCUUGUGAGUUUAAAACGUAAAAGGCCUCUACUUCUAAACACUAAUGGAGCCCAAAAGAAGAAUCUGUUUCAACACAUAGUCAAAGAACCAGCUGAUAAUCACCACCACAAAGUUCCACACAGUAGGACUGAAGGUUUAAAGCAAAGGGAGAGGAUUUCAGAUGACAUCAUCAUUUAUGACGUUACUGAUGAUAAUGCAGAGGAAGAAAACGUCCCAGUUAUUCCUGAAACGAAUGAGGAUGUUAUUGCUGAUUCCUCCAACUGCAGCCAGUACCCUGACAUUGUCAUUGUUGAGGACGACAAUGAAGAUGAAUAUGCACCUGUCAUUCAGAGCGGAGAGCAGACAGAAUCGGCUAGAGAGUCCCCGAGUCCAGGCAGUGACGGCAGCAGCCCUCUCAUGUCCAGUGCUGUCCAGCUAAACGGGUCCUCCAGCCUGACCACAGAAGACCCCGUGACCAUGAUGGACUCCAUUCUCAACGACAACAUUAACCUGCUGGGAAAGGUCGAGCUGUUGGACUACCUGGACAGCAUUGACUGCAGCCUAGAGGACUUCCAAGCUAUGCUGUCGGGAAGACAGUUCAGCAUUGACCCAGACCUCCUCGUUGAUCUUUUCACUAGUUCUGUGCAGAUGAAUCCCACAGAUUACAUCAAUAAUACAAAAUCUGAGAAUAAAGGACUGGAAGCUACCAAGAAUAAUGUUGUUCAACCCGUUUCUGAAGAAGGAAGAAAACUGAAGUCCAAACCAGGUAGAUACAGAGACAAGCAGCUCAUCCAGUAUACGGCCUUUCCCCUGCUGGCCUUCCUCGACGGGAACCCCGCGUCCGCCGUGGAGCCGGGGAGCACGACAGCAUCGGCAGAAGCUGUGUCCUCUGCGGAGAAGCCCAUAGAGGUGGACGAGCUCCUGGAAAGCAGCCUGGACCCAGAGCCAACCCAAAGCAAGCUGGUGCGCUUGGAGCCAUUGACUGAGGCGGAAGCCAGCGAGGCCACCCUAUUCUAUUUAUGUGAGCUGGCUCCUGCGCCCCUGGAUAGUGAUAUGCCACUUUUAGAUAGUUAAACCCCCAGGACGCGGACUCAACGUGUAUAUAUUCAUCAGAAUGAUGAACUAUUUAUUUUAAAGUAUCGUUCGGUACUUUUUUGUAAGUUGCUUUGUUUUGUUCUAAUCGGACACUGUGGGGUGAAAGCACCGCCCUGCUUUCUCUCCGCACGUUCUGCAGAGCUUUCAGGUGUCACUCAGCUGCCCGGCACGGGGCCUCAUGCGCACCGCUGGCGCGGCUUUCAGUUGGAACGCCACUUCUCCAGUCGUGGUAAUUUGGGUUUCCUUUCAGUGUGACCACUGACCGAGUUAAACUUCUGUUUCACUUGUUCCAUGCUGUCCAUUCAAGUGUAAGUCACUGAACUAAUGGAUUUCUUUAAGCUUUGUCUGUUUGUUACCUUUAUUAAAUAUUUCCCCUUGGCUUCUUUUGAAAACUGGGAACAUAAAGUGCCUGUAUCUUGUAAAACUCUGCUUUGUCUCCAUCCGGAGAAGCUCACCUGCGGUCGCAGGAAAGGCGGCGCUGACGGUGCUCCCUGGCUGCCGCCCCAGCUCCGUGCGCAGCCCAGUGUGGGCCGGCGUGGGGUCAGCCCAGCCAUGGAGGUGGACUCAUUUUAAGUGGAAGUUUCUGGUUUGUGUUUUUUUGAACCAUACUAUUUAGUAAAAUAAAUACAAUGAAUAUUGAGUACUUGUGUUCGUUAACAUGUCUUCUUUGGAGGUGGUACCACACAAAUCAGGUUUUCCUUCUCUUAGGAAGAAAGUGGCUUUAAGCUGUCUCUUGUCCGUUAUUGUCGAGAUGUGAGUCACACCAAGGUCUUCGUGCCUCAUCUGAAAGAACGGGCUGUGUGGUGCAGCAGUGGGAGAAUGGUUCUAAAUUUCAUGUAUUUUAAAGUUGUGCUUUGUUGAAAGACCAUGCUGGCUUGCUUUCUGUGUUUAUAAUAAAGACCUGGGAGAACCA